AGAUAGAACAUUUUCAGUCUUAAAUGGAGCGCAGCUGUAAGGUACAGAAUAAUUGUUCCUGUCGUGGUACUGAUGUUGUUCAGUAGUGACAUGGGGAGCACGCAGAGAAGAAUGGCUCAGUGGGUAGUAACUGGCAUAUUAUUUCAGUUAUUUAGAAGUGGAAAUCAAUUCCCAUCUCCAUCCACUAAGAAACUUGACAAUAAGGUGUUCGGAAGAUUAAAGAAUUUUGAACUGGACAACAAAAUUGGGUCAUCAGGCUUCAGUAAAUUUGAAUACCCAAAAGAAGAUACAACUCAUGGAGUUGGUUAUGGACAUCACCUUCAUCCAUUUUACUACCAAGGAUUGGCUCCCUUAUACUCAUGUGCCAUACAGGGAGAAUGGUAUCCUAUUGCACAACAUGCACACCACAGCAAUACAAUUCAAAACCAUGACAGAAGUGCGUCUGAACUGAAUGAAGGAGUCAAUUAUAAUCCAUUCAUAUACAGUACUGAUUAUAUAAACAGCGAGAAUUCUAAUGGUAGAAAAACGGUCAUGCCUGAAAACCAUUUAAAAUACUUUAAAUACACAACAGAGAACUUUUAUGAAGAAGGUGGAGCACGAGAGAUGCAUCAAAAGUUUAGUAAUAAAACAGCUGCUUCUCAAUCAGAUGACAACGAGGGGAUUCCUACAUACCUCACACCUCCACUACCACCAACAUCAACAAUGAAUGCUUUAGUUCAGUUACAGGAGCUGUUUCCACAUAAAAAGCGUUACGCUGUCAGGGAAGAGCAGAAGUUGCUGGAUAUUCUGACUACUCUGCACAUUCUGCCACACCCUGAAGAGAUGGACUACUUUUAA